AUGUCAUCAACACAAACAAUUGAUUAUUUAAAUAAUCUUAGUAAACAAUUAAAUAUUUAUCUUAGUUCAUUCUUUUAUAUCUUUGGUAAUAUCAGUACAAGUUUAUGUCUAUUAAUGUUUAUUUCAAUGAAAAGAUUUCGUAAGAAUCCUUCAUCAACUUAUCUUUUAUCAUCAUCAAUGGCUGGUUUUGUUUUAAUUAAUACAUCAUAUUUGACUCGUGUUUUUCUACCAAAUUUUCUUUUGGAUCCAUCAACAACAUCAUUAAUCUGGUGUAAAUUACGUCAAUAUAUUGGUCAUUUAUCUUCUCUUAUUUUUCUCUAUUGUAUUUCUUGGGCAAUGAUGGAUCAAUAUUUAUCAACAUCAAAAAAAGUUCGUCUUCGUCAAUUUUCUACAGUGAAAAUAGCACGUUAUUUGGUUUCAUUAACAUUUAUAUUUUCGUUUAUUCAUAGUUUACCAUUGAUUAUUUAUAAUGAAAUUAAUGUGUCUAAAAUAACAAAUAUUAGUUCAUGUGUAAUUACAAAUAAUUUAAUUUAUCGUAAUUAUGUUACUUAUUUUGUUAUUCCAUUUGUUCUUGGGAUUUUUCCAACGUUUCUAAUGAUUAUAUUUGCACUAUUAUCUUAUGCAAAUAUAAAUUAUCUUCAUCAAAGACAAAUGCGAACACAAGUUCAACAUCAAUUAACACGAAUGGUUAGUGCUCAAACAUUUUUUGUUAUUAUUGGUAUGAUUGCAUAUACAGCACAAACAAUUUACAAUUUAGUAACAACGUCAACACUAAAAUCUCCUCUUCGACAAGCACAAGAAAAUGUUGUUCUUACUAUAACUGGAGUACUUGCUUAUACAGGUUAUGUAUUCAAUUUUUAUAUUUAUAUAUUUGUUUCGCCAACACUUCGAAAACAUUUCAAAGAAUUAAUUCAAAAAUUUUUAUAUUAUUUUACUUGUCAUUUUAUUAGAAACAAUCGAACUCAACCAAUUCAUAUUACUCAAAAUAACUUACAAUUAGAUGGAAAAUAA